AAUUUUUGUUAUGGGUUCUUGAGAUUAAAGUCAGAAUUUUCUGUGCUGGGCUGCCUAGGUACUGAAGUGCUGUGGUUGUUGGAGGGGUUAAAGCUGGAGCCAUGGAUGCAUAUAUAUUAGGGAGGAUUUAUAAAAACACAACCGUGGAGCCUGGGUCAAUCCAUUACUAUGAAUGAGCAGUGACCAAUAGAAAGGGAAGAAGAAGAUCCAAGAACUGAGCAAACUUCAGCUCCAGACACAGGACUCAGCGAUACAUUCCUGGACAGCAAGAUACUAUAAUGGCAACCACAAUCUGCUUCAUCCUCUGGGUGUUGUUCGUAACAGAUACAGUGCGGACUCAAAGUGUGAGACAGGUUUAUGAGGCAAGUGAUCCAGAGGACUGGACAAUGCAUGAUUUCGAUUGUCCCAGGGAAUGUUUCUGUCCUCCCAGUUUCCCUACUGCUUUGUACUGUGAAAACCGAGGUCUCAAAGAAAUCCCUGCUAUACCAUCAAGGAUCUGGUACCUUUAUCUUGAAAACAACCUGAUAGAAACCAUUCCUGAGAAGCCAUUCGAGAAUGCCACCCAGCUGAGAUGGAUAAACCUAAACAAGAACAAAAUAACCAACUAUGGAAUUGAAAAGGGAGCCCUGAGCCAACUGAAGAAGCUGCUUUUCUUGUUUCUGGAAGAUAAUGAGCUAGAGGAGGUACCUUCUCCAUUGCCAAGAAGCUUAGAACAAUUACAAUUAGCUAGAAACAAGGUGUCCAGAAUUCCUCAAGGGACUUUCAGCAAUCUGGAGAACCUGACCCUUCUUGACCUGCAGCACAAUAAGCUAUUAGACAAUGCCUUUCAGAGAGACACCUUUAAGGGACUCAAGAACCUCAUGCAGCUAAACAUGGCUAAGAAUGCCCUGAGGAAUAUGCCGCCAAGAUUACCAGCCAAUACAAUGCAGCUGUUCUUAGACAAUAAUUCCAUUGAAGGAAUACCAGAAAAUUAUUUUAAUGUGAUUCCUAAAGUGGCCUUCCUGAGACUCAACCACAACAAAUUAUCUGAUGCUGGCCUUCCUUCUAGUGGUUUUAAUGUAUCAUCAAUUCUAGAUCUUCAACUGUCUCACAAUCAACUCACAAAGGUCCCCAAAAUCAGUGCUCAUCUGCAGCACCUUCAUCUGGAUCACAACAAAAUUAGAAAUGUGAACGUAUCUGUAAUAUGUCCUUCAACUUCUACCACACUGCCUGUGGAAGAUUCCUUCAGUUAUGGACCUCAUCUUCGCUACCUCCGUCUGGAUGGAAAUGAAAUCAAACCACCAAUCCCUAUGGAUUUAAUGACCUGCUUCAGGCUCCUUCAGGCUGUCAUUAUUUAAAUGUGUCUUCAAGAAUCUAAAAUUCAUUUAAUGAGUUCAGAUUUCUGACAUGAAAUUUGGUUACCAUUCAUAGGUGUAAGAUAAAAAUCACUUUUCUAA